AUGAGGAUCGCUUCAAACGGUAUCGACAUAUUUUUCGACAAUGUUGGAGGUGAUUUAUCUUCUUCGAUAAUGGAAUGCAUGAAUGAGAACGGGCGAGUAGCUAUCUGCGGAGCUAUUAGCACUUACGGCAAAGAUCUGCCGCGCAACACGAAACCGAACACGCGAGUGUCUGUCGUCGUUGAAGCAUUUAGUUUUACACAAUGGGAAUGGUCGAAACAGAUCACUGCACUAAACCAGCUCCGAGAAUGGAUUCAAAAAGGUUCUAUAAAAGCAAAAGAGACGAUCACUAAUGGAUUUGAAGAGUUACCGGCUACAUUGGUAGCCAUGUUAAAAGGGGAAAACAUCGGAAAAGCCGUUGUCAAAAUUUAA